GGCAGAUUAGCCAUAAAUGUAAAUGUCAUGGGAAAAAGUGAGAAAGUUAAUUUUGGGUCAACUGAAUGUUGCAUACAAGUUCAGGGGGCAAAUUGCUACUUUAGCCAUCUGCUGAUAUCUCAUUGAGUCGCCAAUUCCUAUUUUCACACUUAAACAUAUUUAAUUACUACAACGGCACGAUCACCAAACAACCACCAUAGGCAUAAACCCUCUUCUACCUACUACUUAUGAAUCUUGGGUUUUCCUGAACGUUACGUGUUUGUCAAAAGUCCUCAACAAACACUUCUACCACAGAACAAGACAAACUAAAAGAGAAGGACAUUUCCUUAAUAACCAGUUUAAUGGUUUCUAGUCUGUCAACUACUUGUUAAUUUCCAUAACAGGCAGUCUUUAUGGCUUUGAAGCCAGGUGCUGUUUCUAGAUGGAAUGUUUCUCAGGUGAGCUGGAGCAGAACAUCUAUGUCUAAACAGUUGAAUUUUGGUACAUCAAGUAGACUUUUGCCGCCUGGUGCCAUAAGGUCUGAAUUAAGUCAAUUUACUGGAAAGACAGUGAGCAAUGCUUCAAGAAAUUUGCUGAAGGACUUCAGCUCCUUUCCAAGACCAUUAUCAGUUGCUGAUAUUUCUGCUGAUUGUGAUGAUGAUGUAAAGGUGCGGAUAUCAUUUAAGGGGUUACCAGGUUCAUACAGUGAGGAUGCUGCACUCAAAGCCUACCCUAAAUCUGAAACUGUACCCUGUGAUGAAUUUGAGGAUGCAUUUAAGGCUGUGGAAUUAUGGCUAGCAGAUAAAGCAAUUCUUCCAAUUGAAUGUUCUUCAAAUGGAAGCAUUCAUCCCAACUAUGAUUUACUCCUUCGCCAUAGGCUUCACAUUACUGGUGAGGUACAACUGAAUGUUAACAUGUGCCUUCUAGCUAUGCCGGGUGUCAGAACUGAGCAGUUGAAACGUGUUCUAAGCCAUCCACAGGUACUCAAUUUUAGUGACAUUUUCCUGAGUAAGCUAAGUGUUGCUAGAGAAAAUGUUGAUGAUACAGCUGUUGCUGCUCAGUAUGUAGCCUCGAAUAAGCUGAGGGAUGCUGGAGCUGUGGCAAGUGCUCGAGCUUCUGAAUUAUAUGGGCUUAACAUACUGGCAGAAAAAAUCCAGGAUGACUCUGAUAAUGUAACACGUUUUCUGGUUCUUGCAAGGGAUCCGAUAAUUCCAAGAACUGAUAAGCCCUAUAAGACAAGCAUUGUAUUUACUUUGGAAGAAGGCCCAGGAGUCUUGUUUAAGGCCUUGGCGGUGUUUGCAUUGAGGGACAUAAAUUUGACAAAGAUAGAAAGUCGGCCGCAGAGAAAGCAGCCACUAAGAGUAGUUGAUGACUCCAAUAUGGGAAGUGCCAAGUACUUUGACUACCUUUUCUAUGUUGAUUUUGAAGCUUCUAUGGCAGAGCUGCGUGCCCAAAAUGCUUUAGGACAUCUGCAGGAAUUUGCAACAUUUCUUCGGGUGCUUGGAUGCUAUCCCAUGGAUACAACUGCUCUAUAGCUUCGUCUCUUUUGUAGUCGUCCGGUAUCUUCAGCCGUGAUAUUGAAAGAAAAAUAGUCGAGAUACUAGUUGCUCUUAACUGCUGGCUUCUCUAAUAGUAUUGUUUAUUUUAAAUAGCAUAUAUAUAUAUAUAUAUAUAUAUAUAUAUA